AUGGCGGAGGCUACUGUCACCACAAUUCUUGGACCUCACGCCCCAGUCGACGCAAUUGAUGAUCUAACAGCGGAAUUGUCUCCAACAGGCCCUCAGCCGUCAUACGCGACCUUUGCACUCAUACCCAUUGAUCUUGCCAAGGCAGGCAUCCCAUUCUACUUGGUUUGUCACCAGUAUGGGGAAUAUGGGGUGAAGACGCCCAGGAAGCCUCAAACCACCAGCAGCCCUCGCAGCAAAUACCCGGCACGUGGUCUGGUCCGCCAGCAAACGAUGUUCGAUGUGGCGAUUCACCCCUAUUGGUUUCCCAACUUCGAAAACCAAUCAUCUUUGGCAGCCUACGGUCAGUUAUACAGGUAA